AUAGUGGCCAUCUUCGACGAGAUCUUCCUAAUAAGUCAGCGAAACAACGACGAAUUGUGAGUUAAUCAUUAUUUUUGUAAUUAUCCUUUUUGAUAUUUUAACGUAUUUAAGGCAUGAUCAAACGUUUUUAUAUAGAGCGUCGAUUUAUUUACACCCGGUUUGCUUGUUAGCUCAGAGCUGGAUUGGUCCGGUGAUGGCUGCCUAGCUUGGUUAUGUGAGCCGUAGCUGUAAACAAACGUUAAGGAAGAAAGUUGUCGACAGGCAAUCCAAUAAGUUCACGGCUUUGUUACUUAGGUGACGGCUGUUCAAUUAUAAAUCGAUUAAAAUAUGUUCAAUUGGGCACUUUCAAACAGCUUUGAGGUCCGCACGCUGCAUGCCUAACAAGGCAAGUCCCAGCUGGCGACGCAACUUUUUGUUUUGAUGACAUUGCGAGUUUCUUCUACUGGGAUCCAGUUUACAGUCGGUUAAGUGAAGUUUGGACAAGGGUGCACCGCAACGAUGUCGUCUUUCUCCGAGUCUGCUUUGGAAAAGAAGCUUUCUGAACUCAGCAAUUCACAACAGAGCGUCCAGACUCUGUCGUUAUGGAUCAUCCACCAUCGCAAACACUCAUCUCUCAUCGUCAAAGUCUGGCACAGAGAGCUUAAGAAAGCCAAAAGUAGCAGGAAGUUGACGUUCCUUUAUCUGGCCAAUGAUGUUAUCCAGAACAGCAAGAAGAAAGGACCAGAGUUCACAAAAGACUUUGAAUCAGUCUUAGUUGAUGCCUGUUCUCAUGUCGCCAGUAGUGAUGCUGAUGAGAGUUGUAAGAAGCAUAUGGAGAGGCUGCUGAACAUCUGGAAAGAGAGGAGCCUCUAUAGAAGCGACUUCAUCCAGCAGCUUAAAUUGGCCAUAGAAGACUCCAAUAGCCCCAAGCCUGCAGUUGUAACCACCAACAGCAAAGUCAUUGCGGAAGAAAAGAGAGCAAUGAAGCGAAGCUAUCAGAAGAUCCAAGAGGAUGAAGACGAUGAGGAUGAUGACUACAGGAGCCACACUUCCCCCCGCAGCACAGACGCCACAGCGACCCAGCUGACGGAAGAGCUGGUGAAGGCCCUGCAGGACCUGGAGAAUGCUGCGUCUGGUGAUGCCGCUGUGAGGCAGAAGAUCGCCUCCCUUCCUCAGGAGGUUCAGGAUGUCUCCCUGCUAGAGAAGAUCACUGACAAGGAAGCAGCAGACAAACUAUCAAAGACUGUAGAUGAAGCCUGCCUCCUGUUGGCGGAGUACAACGGUCGUCUGGCGGCGGAACUGGAGGACAGGAGGCAGCUGGCACGCAUGCUGACUGAAUACAUCAGUAGCCAGAAGGAGGCGCUAAGUGAGAGGGAGAAGAAAUUGGAGGAGUACAAACAAAAGCUGGCGAGAGUGACCCAAGUGAGGAAGGAGCUGAAAUCCCACAUCCAGAGUCUCCCUGACCUCUCUCUCCUCCCCAGUGUGACAGGAGGACUAGCUCCCCUUCCCUCAGCCGGCGACCUCUUCUCCACCGACUGACGGUUCUUAACUCAGCCCAGUUCCCUACCACCCCUAGCCCCUCCCCCAAAUCCCUGCUCCAACCCCAAACAGCAGAGAACACUGUUAAAACUCUCCCUGCCCCAGACCAGCCAGACGCCUCCACUAACUCCAACUCAACAGGGUGAAAGAAGGCGAGAGAAAGAAAGCAAGCAAGGGAGAGACAGUAAACAAUUUGGAGACAAUGAAAAGCCCUGUGGAAACGGAAAUUCUGAGAAUCUUUCAUCUCGGAAAAUUCUUACUCGAUCGUCAAAGAUUCCACUCCACCAGCUUGGAACAUAUCUGUUCUAUGUUUGUGUUUCUUUUUUACGCUUGAUUUCUAUUUUUUUUAUCUUAUGCUGGUUAGGUCAGCUAUCUGAUUGUGUUUUCAGGUGGCGGGGCAAAAACACCAAGCUAGAAAGACAAGACAUUGGUUUUCCAAUAACUGUCAAUCAGAAUAUGUCUUUACAAAGCCUGUUGUGGUGCUGGUAAAGUAGAAUGAUUUAUUUGCUCUCACACUGCUGUUGUGACUACAUUGUAAGGAUGGACCAUUAUUUCAUUUCUUUUAUUGGUCUUCUGUCGGUGGUUUUUUUGUUGAGACAUAAUCAGCUAAGUGAUUUGUGUGUUUGUGUGCGUGCGUGUGUGCGUGCAUGUGUGUGUGCGUGUGUGUGUGCAUGCAUGCAUUUGUUUAGAGAAAAGUAAUGGAGGAUUUUGAAUAUAUUUCACAGUGUCUUGAUGUUAGGAAUUGUUACUCAGCACACUCAUGCAGUAAUAUUGUCUUUUGAGGUGUCAUUCUUACUACAGUCCAGGAUACAGUGGCUGUGUAAGUCUGCAUUUUUCACCUACCAAUCAUUGUCUUUCAUUCAGUGUCACUGUUCCCGCCAAGAUUUCACAACAGCUGUUAUCUGUCUCUCUUAGCAAGUGUUUAAUUUGGUUGAUUUCCUCAUGCAAGAUGGCAUCAGUCUCAGAAGCCUUUGCAGUUCAGGCAGUUGUUUACCACCUUUCCUUUAAGCAUAAGGUGUUACAGUCAUAAGGCUAGUGUGUUCCAACAAUCUUGAUAUUAGUUUCAUUCCUGGAAAAGCACAGAUCCUGAGUAUCACUGUCAUACCCAAGCCACUGACUGUGGCUAUCCAUAACAUGGCUUAAGACAUUUUUAAAUCCAUAAAGUAUUUUCUUUGUAUCUUCCAUUUUGCUUGUUGCUUUUUUUUUUCCUCAAAAAGGCAUGGAAAGGGACAUCAUUCCUCAUGUGUGUGUGUGUGUGUGUGUGUGUGUGUGCCUGCGUGUGUAUGCGUGCGUGCGUGCAUGCGUGGAGAGGGAGAAAGGUAGAGAGAGAGGGCAGCAAAGGAUGAAAAAUUGAAGAUGUUGAAAUUUUUUUUAAUUUCACACCUCCAAUAGCAUUACUAACUAGUUGCUUCAACUCUACAGGCCAUUUCUCAGGUGUCCAUAGACAAAAAAAAAAAAAAAAGAAAAAGAAAAAGUCAUGCUUUUUUAAAAUGGCCAACCGAUCCAUUUUGCAGUGUCUGUUGGGGAGUUGCACCAAGAGGGUUAAGAUUCUCAAAGCAAUACACAGUCAAAGUAGUUUUUAAUGUAGUUUUUCUUUAUAGUUGCCAAGGCCACAAGAGAAAAAGGUUCAUAGAGUUUACAUUUGAUCUUUAUCUUCCGUGUGUACAGAGGCAAAAGCAAUUUUAUUAAUUGUUAAAAGAAUAAGAAUGGAGCUGUCUGGCAAAAAAAAAAAAAAACCCAAAACAAAAACUGCUGUGAAAGCUUGUGGAUCCAUUGGGUGGUGAGACAAUUGUUUACCAAUGUUACAGAGCAGAAAGUGGUAAGUGAUAGACAAAAGUCUGCUGUAGCAGUUUUAUGGAACAGGCCCGGGUGAAAAUACUGUUGGAAAUCCUUAUCCAGAUACUUUUCUGUCCACGAUUGAUCUUGCAGCCUAAAUAUGCUUACAGAAUAGUCUGGAAAGUAUGAAGGACAGCUGAUAUAGAACAGUUUGAACUGUGACUGGUUUUAUUCGGCAAGUGGUCCCAUGACAAGACUAAUUGAAAUUACUUCGGGUUGGGACUUGGAAGUUUAAUUCGACAGGCUCAAUGUCACAGCCCACUGCCUCAAACUAAACCUUUUUGUUUUUAUUUUCAGACUUGCCCUCGAUUUUGACUCACAUUUGUUGCACACAGUCAUUUUGCUGAGUGUGAUUAAAAAGGACCGACAAGGUUUUUAACUGCCAGAAUGCUGCAAGCAGCUGUCCACCUGUAGACCUCAAUGAAAACCAGAUGUCUAAAUUAAUAGGGAAAGAUUUCAGUGACAUUUUGAUCCCAGGUGCGCUAUACUGUAGACGUUAGCUAGAUCUUUCUUAUUUACUGUGUGGCAUGUGUCUCUGCAGAGUCAUACUGUACUACCAAGGCUGUGUUGUACCAGUGGAGGUAGUUUUUUUCUGUAAUGAAAGUGAUUCAAUGGAUACCAAUAAAAUGUAACCAU